AUGUGCUUUAGAUCGCUUGCCGCAAGAGUGCAUCCAACACGGUCAGCGACCCGCCGGGAGUCAAAGAAAAUUAAGGACGCUUUGCCGCCAAAGCUCCAGGCAGCACUUUCAGUCCCAAGCAGAGGAUGCAGACCCAACACGCCCGAGCUAAAGGAAAGCACGCGUCACAACGAGCAGAAUUCGCCGCUGUUCCUCUUGCCCGCGGAGCUCCGUGAACACAUCUACUCGUGGCUCUAUGGCGACCUGGUAAUCCACGUUGCAAAACCAGAGCUACCCUACGGCAACCACCCCUGUCGGUACUAUCUCUGUCAGUCUCCGCUCACGCCGUCGGAGCGCUAUCAGCACACGCUUCUGGGCGCAUCGCCGGAGUCGCCUCACCGCUGGGCGUCGCCAAUGCUCCAGGCCCAGUAUUACCCGUCGGCAUGGCACAGAGAAUGCAGAUGCGGGGAUGAUGUCGUAUGGCUCUACGUGCCGCUUGUGUGUAAGCGCUUCCUGCGAGAGGUUGAAAGCCUCGUUUACCGUACUGCGACAUGGUACUUUGUCUGCCCUGAUGACCUGGACUGGUUCGCAUGGCGAGGGGCAAUGGCGCAGCGCGUGCGGCGCCUCGCACUCUUGUUCGAUUUCGGGCGGGGGCCCUGCGAUUGGAGUGCUAAGCUUGGUUACAGCUGUCUUGAUCGGUUCAAGAACUUGCAGGGGCUGGAUCUAGUACUGAGACGCAACACUAUGAAUGCUACCCUGAGGAUGGAUUUCAGGAGAGGAUUGAUGGACGAGCGGGACGAGAAGGAGGAGUUUAGCGAGCUGAGAAAGUGCUUGAAGGUGUUUAGAGGGAGGGGCUUGAAGGAGCGAUGGACUACGGUUGUAGUGGUUGUGAAGACAUGGCCGUUUAAUGGGCAUCAAGAGUUUGACCUGGAUACGAGUAACCCGGUGGAGGAUCGACUGGAGCUGGCAAGACGCCGUUCAACCGCAAGGAGUGGGUGGGUGAAGAGUUUCGCGAUGCCGCCACCAAAAUCAAAGAAGCUCACAGCGCAGCCGGUGCGCACGCGCCACUUCGUCGGAAAGCCGGCGGCCGCAGAAGUCGAAGAACCCUCCAGCGAAGAGGAAUCAGAGUCAGAGAAGGAAGAGCCCAAGCCGAAACCCUUUCUCAAGCCGAAGCCGGCCCCAAUAGCAUCGUCCUUCCCCAAAUCAGCGCUCAAGUCGAAUCUCGCCGCGCGGCAGAAGUCGGAAGCAGAGCGAAAACUGCUAGAAGACGAGUUUGAGACGGAGAGCGAAGAGCAAUCGGGCGAGGAGGGCAGCGAGAGUGAGGAAGGGAGCGAGAGCGAAGAAGAGUCCUCGGAGGAAGAGGACAGCAGCGAGGAGGAGGCGCCGAAGAAGCUGCUGCGGCCCGUGUUCCUCAAGAAGAACCAGCGGGGCACAGUCGCGGCGCCUGUAAAAUCAGCAGACGAGAUAGCGGCAGAGGAAGAACAGCGGCGACAAGAACAGACAAGGGCACUGGUGCAGGAACAAAUCGAGCAGCGGGCGGCGCAGAAGGCUGCGGGAAAGAAAGACUGGGACGAUGAUGUCGAGGAAGCCGACAUCAACGCCGUCGAUGACACAGACGGCCUCGACCCUGAAGCUGAAUACGCCGCCUGGAAACUGCGCGAACUAAAACGGAUAAAUCGCGAGCGUGUAGCUAUCGAAGAAGCAGAAGCCGAGCGCGAAGAAAUCGAACGCCGGAAAAACCUCACCGCCGAGGAACGCGAAGCCGAAGACCGCGAAUACCUCGAGAAGCAGAAGGAGGAGCGGGGCGAGCGUGGCCAGGUGUCGUACAUGCAAAAAUACUUCCACAAGGGUGCGUUCUUCCAGGAAGACCUCAAAGAGCUGGGCGUCGACAGGCGUAAUCUCAUGGGCGCACGGUUUGAGGACCAGACAAAUAGAGAAGUCCUGCCCGAGUACAUGCAGAUUAGGGAUAUGACGAAGCUGGGAAAGAAGGGCCGGACGAAGUAUAGGGAUAUGAAGAGUGAAGAUACAGGGAAGUGGGGCGAUUUUGGAGAUGUGAGAAGGCCAAGGGAUAAGGGCGAUUAUGGCUUGGACGAGCGGUUCCGGUCAGACUCGUAUGGUGGGAGAGAUAGGGAGGGUGCUACGGGCGCGAAUGCGCGGCCGUUAGGGGAGAGGAAGAGGUUUGGUGAGGAUACGAACCGGGACAGUAAACGGCCGAGGGUUGAUGAUCGCGGUUGA